GUGAAGGAGACAAGCAGGGGAACAAACAGCAGGGACGGGGAAGUGAAACAGUUUGGAGACAGAAACCAAAAGAGAAAAAGAAGAGAAACUUAAAGUUUUUUCAACACUCUGGACUGUCAAGAGAACAGACACGAUAGCGGGUGUAAUACAGAGAAACAGGGAUGAAUGUGGUUGAUCUGCUGUGCCUUUGAUUAAUGCAACACAUAGACUCUCUUUGACAGCUACUAAAAGCGCAGACUGUGUGCGUGAGACCGAGAGAUUGACCGAGAGAGACAAGAGGGUAGCCGCUGACGCCAGACAGACAGAAGGCCCGAGUGUGUGUUUGUGUGACUGUGUUAGUGAAACACACACCAGCUACACUGCCACUCGGACACACAUUCAUUCACCUGAAAAGGCAGACUCCAAUCCUGAUUGGAUGCUUGUCUCAGAAUGACAGCUGAAGACUCCGCCUCUGCCGUUGCUAUGAGUAACCCUAGCCCUUCCUCCUCUUCUAAGGCCUCCUCUGAGCAUCCGCAGCAUCACAGCGCCAUCCCAGAGGGAGUGGCUGGUGCCCCCAAUGAAGCUGCCCUUGUGGCCCUGAUGGAGCGAUCAGGCUAUGGUAUGGUGCAAGAAAAUGGACAACGCAAAUAUGGGCCACCUCCUGGCUGGCAAGGCCCCUCCCCUCCACGCGGCUGCGAAAUCUUUGUGGGUAAAAUCCCACGUGAUGUUUACGAGGAUGAGCUGGUGCCAGUAUUUGAGACUGUAGGACGGAUCUACGAGAUGCGCCUGAUGAUGGAUUUUGAUGGGAAGAACCGUGGUUAUGCAUUCGUCAUGUACACGCAGAAGCAUGAGGCUAAGCGAGCAGUUCGUGAACUCAAUAACUUCGAAAUCCGUCCAGGAAGGUUGCUAGGUGUUUGCUCUAGUGUAGAUAACUGCCGCCUCUUCAUUGGUGGAAUCCCAAAAACCAAGAAACGUGAAGAGAUCCUGGAAGAAGUUUCCAAGGUGACAGAGGGGGUGCUGGAUGUGAUUGUGUACGCCAGUGCUGCGGACAAGAUGAAGAAUCGAGGCUUUGCCUUUGUAGAGUAUGAGUCUCACCGUGCUGCUGCUAUGGCCAGAAGAAAGCUCAUGCCAGGGCGAAUUCAGCUCUGGGGUCACCAGAUUGCAGUUGACUGGGCAGAACCUGAGAUCGACGUUGACGAGGAUGUGAUGGAAACAGUGAAAAUUCUGUAUGUGCGCAACCUGAUGAUAGAGACCAGUGAAGAUACUCUACACCAAACCUUCAGCCAGUUCAAUCCUGGCUGUGUCGAACGGGUCAAAAAAAUCCGAGACUACGCCUUUGUUCACUUCGCCAGUCGAGAAGAUGCGGUGAUUGCUAUGGACAACCUGAACAACACAGAGAUCGAAGGUUCCCGCAUCGAAGUAACCCUGGCCAAGCCUGUGGAUAAGGAGCAGUACACCCGCUAUCAGAAAGCAUCGAAGGGAACGCCGGCUGCGGCUGCAGCUGUGGCUGCGGCUGCGGCUGUGACAACUACUGACAACAGCCAACAAAGUUAUGUGUAUCAGUGUGACCCAUAUACACUUGCCUAUUAUGGCUAUCCCUACAGCACACUCAUUGGACCCAACCGAGACUACUUCAUCAAAGCAGGUACUGUAAGAGGCCGUGGCCGUGCUGGGGCCGUUAAUAGGGGCCCAGGGCCCCGCGGCUCAUACCUUGGUGGCUAUUCAGCUGGCCGAGGCAUUUACAGCCGCUACCAUGAAGGAAAGGCCAAAUUACCGGAUAAGCCUUACGAGAUCAUGACCAAUCUAGAGCUGGCAGCUGUGAACCAAGUGGGCAUGAAGCCUGGCACAAUGGCUCUUCCAGGCCUCUGUGCCCAGUACCCUGCUAUGUUUUCUGCUGCCCCUGCAACUAAGUUAAUGGAGGAAGGGAAGAUGCACGCAGUGGAGCACCUGAUAAAUCCUUUGGCCCUCCAGCAUGACCCCACAGCUGCCUCGGCCACUGCAGCAGUCAUGCCUGCAGUCUCCACACCACCACCUUUCCAGGGUCGUCCUUUAACUCCCAUCUAUGCUAUGGCUCAUAAUAUGCAGAGGAUUCCGGCUGGAGCUGCCAGUCUGUAUGGAGCCAGUUACAUGCCUAUCGCCACCCACGCCAACACCGCCACGCUGGCAGCGCUGCAGAAGAACGCUGCUGUGGCAGCCGCUGCAACCUAUGGAGGGUACGCUGGGUACUUGCCUCAGGCCUUCCCUGCUGGUGCCACCUUCCAGAUGCCCAUUCACGAUGUAUACCAGACCUACUGAGACACGCACAGCUUCAAACACAGUGACUUACAAUUACAUCCACCGCGUCGCAACACGCCAUCAGACAUGUACGCCACAACUAUGAGGUCUGCUGGUUAAUUGAACAACGCAGAGUGAAACUGACAUACAACUAAACUAACACAUUCUGACUCGUGUGAAGCUCCCCGGAAGCCUUUAGAUUAGAUGCUACCAGCAAGGAUGUAGGUUUCUGCUAAAUUUAUUCACAACUUUAUCAGCCCCUCUGGCCCACAUUUAUUAAUCCAGACGUAUGACCUAGACCAAAACCACUUUUAUAUGCUACUGAUUAACUUACCAGGACAGGUAGACUUUUGUGUUCUAAGUUAUGGACUCAAACCCUUCAAUGUGACCAGAACCUCACCUAUUCUCCCUUUAGAUCGAUAGGAAGCAGUCUGUCAGUUCAGCUUCCUAAAGGAAUUGACAACACUUGCUGAUUUCCAAAGCCAUCACACGACUGAAUGAAUGACAACUCCUGUUCUCGCAUGCUCAUUUGCAUCUUUUAUCGUUCUGCAGAGGUCUUGUAUAUUAGCUGAUUACCAGUACAGAUGUGGACUGACUCCGAGUGAUGUGUUCAUAUGAAGUAAUUCAAAACAAGACUCGCAGAAGAAGCACACCUACUGACAUAUCACCCUCUUCCCCACACACUCCAGCUGAGAAUCACGAGCCAGAGCGUUCCUGUCGGCACACACUCCUAAUAACGCUCUUCUGCAUUCACGGCCACAAGAAUACUGAAGGAACGCUGUAGUAUUUGUGGACUUUAAAAAGAACGUAUUUAAUGCCUCUGUAUGCUUUAGAGCAUUUACUUUUGUUUUAUGAAGAAAAACUGUCAAAUGAACAAACAACUGCUGAGCAGGAACUUCAACAACCACAGAAGUAGAAGAUUGAAAGUGUUUCAUGAAAAUACUGUAUUUUGAGUUUAUAACAUAUAUUUGCAAAAUGCGCUGAAGAUGCCGAAUCUUACGUCCAUUGGGUUUCCUGUACACGAGUCUAUAUGCAAAAACCUGCAUUCGUUUUUCCGCCUGAACUGUUUGCUUAUGCAUUUUUAUAUUUAGAUUGUUUUAAGACUGUACUGUUUCAUUGGUUUGAAGAUGUCGUUUUUAUUGUCUAGAGGAUAUUUAGCUUCUCUUAACUGGAAGAUAGACAAACACUGUUUUUAUUCACAUUCUCAAAAGGCAAUGUGUUCAAGAAAAAGAAAACUGGAAAUAUAGACGUUUUUCAGUCAGCUGGAUAUAUGCUGGAUAGCAUUUGUUCCCUGUUUACGGGAUAGUUCACCCAAAAAUGAAAAUACAUAUCUUUGCAAACCUGUAUACCGUAACUUACUUUCUUUGGUGAAACAUCAAAGACGCUCUCCAUGCAGUGGAACCAAAAAUUUAGGUUACUGAGAUCUACUUUUGUGUUCUGCGAAAGAAAGUAAGUCAUGCAGGUGUGCAAAGGCACAAAUAAAUUAUUUUCAUUGAUUUGCAUAAUUUUCAUUUUUGUGUUUUAAAUGCACAAACUGGACUGACAAACAAAAAGUAGCUGGGUUGAAGAUGCAGCAUUAUUUAUGGUGACUUAGUUCUGCUUGAUUGCACUGGUUGUGUUUGUCGAUGACCAACCCUUAUUUUUCAGACCACUACUGUGAUUCCCAGCAUUCAGUCCUGUGAAGUCUUAUGUGCAUCAUUAGGAGAGCACAGGCUCCCUCAUAUCCGCUUUUGUGCCAUUAAUACAAAUUACACCUGAAGUACUGUCCCAUUUACCACUGAACCAGUUAUGUUCAUGUUGUUUAUUAACGGGCUUGAGUUGCAGACCUUGAGUUGCAGAAUAAAAUCAGGUUAAUGGCGGGAUACUCUCACUUCCACCCCCAAUUCCUCCUAUAGAUGAGCAGCAGAGGGUCCAUCGAGUUUUGUAGUUUUUGCUUUCUUUUGUAGCUCUAACCCUGCAUUUUUGUAGAUCUCACUCCAUGUUGUGUAGCUACUGUAGUAUGGUAUGUUGGCAGUGAUGACUGUUCUGCACUUAAACAUUUUAGGGUGUUAGAGGUUCUUGUGUAUAUGCUUUACAAUAUGUGUGUGAGCAGGCACUUUUGUCUCUUUAGAGGUAUUUUGAUACUCCUAGAACUGGAAUGAACUGGACCAAACUGAAACCAGGGGGUUCAGAGAAUCUGUUAAUAUCCUCAUUGUCUUCUCAGCGACUGCUGUAUAUCAUAUUAAUAUCCUUCUGAAGACUGCUGUAUGCCACCACUUUGCCUUCUGUAGGACUGUGUAUGUGACAUGUGCCUUUAUUCAGACUGCUGUCUGUCAAGUGACCUCUUAAACUCUGUUUGUGAUACCACAGUGCCUCUUCUGUCCUAUUUUCUCUCAAAAAGUCAAGUUUUUUUUUCUUCUUCUUUUUCGUGUGUUAUACUGUUGUUUCUAUGGGGGCUCUGAGUGUUAGAGUGCUGCUUUAUGUUGUAUUAUGCUUUCAUGUGUUUCAUGUUCUAACGGAGUUGAUGUUUUAUUAAGUAUAGCAUGUUUUUUUUUUUGUUUUUUUUGAAGAGACUGAGUGAAAGUUUGGGGAAAACUUCACGGCAUACCAAACAAAGAAUGACAAUCCCUGCAGUUCACAUCACGUUAGAUAGAGACACACUGCCGCCAUCACUGAGGACACUCUCUCUCAGAAAUGGCAUAUCUGUGUGUUUUUUAGAAAUGUGAACCAUCCCCAGUAGUUUUUCCUCUGUCUGUUAUCUAAUCUUUUAAUAUAAGAGAAGCAGUCAGGAUAUAUUUAAUAUAUACAGUACAAUGUUUUUUUGUGUAUGAAGUAAGAGGAAAUGCUAUAAUAUAUUUUCAGAAGAUAUUUCCAUCUCAUUAUAUGUGCUUUACAGAAGUUUAACAACAAAAACAUCUUCUUCUUUUUUUGGCAAAGUGUACAACUAAUGAGAAUGUGUGGAUUUAUAAAUGUGACUCUAAGUUGCCAGUUUGGAGUAAAUAUGUGCCCAAAUUAAUCAUGCAUUCAUUGGCAAAACAUUCCUUCUUUUGCAAUCAUUUCAUAAACACUACACAUGUAGCGUUUUCCCUCCAUUUUUAGACUUUGUUUCUUGUUACUUAAAGGCAUACGAACAAGACAAGUUGACCUCGGCAGAGGACAUUUAGAUAAUGUAGAAUGUUAUUGCCAAAAUAUUCUUUAUCUUCUUCUUUUUUUUUUCUUUUUUUUAGAUCUACUUAGAACUGUUUUCUAUUUCGCAUUGUUUGUUUAAAGCUUUUUUGGCAUUGUUGUAUUUAUAGAGGUAGUUUAAUAAAGCAUUUUCAAAAAGAAAAGCAA